AUGCCUUCGCCAAUAAUUUGGCAGAACGAAGCAAAGGACGUCACUCUGAUAGACAUACCACGCUCAAUCGAAUGUGCUCAAGGCACUACAGAGAUACGGCAUCUGCAGUCAACCUCACCACUGGAAGUUCCGUUUCUAUCGAACGAGCCGAAGUCAGCAUCUGGGAAGGCCAGACUACAGCAGCACGAUCGCGAGGACAGACUGCAUGAGGAGUACCGGAGCCUUCUCAAUGCAGCUCUGGAAGAAAUACGGGGAGCCUUUCCGAAGGCUUGGUGUCUUCCGCGCCCGUUCACUAAUGAGAGCACGCCUCAUCAAUCCAAGAAGCGGAAGUUAACACACGACGUCGAUGGCUUCAAGACGAAGGUACAGCCCACGCAGGCCAUUGAGACUGGCGGACGGGGAGCUCUGAGCGACCGGUCUAUCCAGGACCACGCCGAUGAUGGGGAAGCAGUGACUUCCACUGGAGGAUAUCGUACCCGGGUCUCGUUUGAUGCCGAGGAGCGACGUGUGUUCUCUAACACCUCCGAUCAACCAACGACAAUAUACAUACCUGGCAACGGAGACAGCGAAGAGCAUCGCCAUUCUUUCAACAUACCACCGGGCUCGUCCUUCUACCUCGGCGACUGCGCGGACGCAAAGCCCCUCCGUGACGCUGUCAGAGAUCGAGCUCGACAGGCAGACAGUACUCACCUUUUCAAUUUCAUCCUGCUUGAUCCGCCGUGGCCAAAUAGUUCCGUGAAGCGAACCCAUCACACGCCUAGCUCAACAUACGCCACCUCGCCUUCACUUUGGGAUCUGCGGGAGAUGCUACUGGAUACGAAGAUCGAGCUGCUCAUGGCUGAGGAGUGCCUGAUCGGCGUCUGGAUCACGAAUAAGCCUGCAGUGAGAGAACUGGUGCUCCAUGACGAUGGCCUGUUCGCCUGCUGGGGUGUUCAGCUUGUCGAGGAGUGGGCAUGGCUGAAGACGACUAUACAUGGUGAGCCUGUCUCGCCGCUUGACGCUGUGUGGAGGAAGCCGUAUGAGGUUUUGUUGCUAGGGAGGAAGCGACGGAAGGUUGCAGCACCCGACGAUGCGGAAGUAAAGACAUCGAACGUACAGCGUAAGGUCAUGCUGGCGGUGCCGGACUUGCAUUCGAGAAAACCGUGCCUGAAGGAGCUCAUCGAGCCUAUGAUGCCCGAUCCGAAGAGGUACAGAGCAUUGGAAGUCUUCGCAAGAUACCUUGUCGCGGGCUGGUGGAGUUGGGGCAACGAAUGCAUAAAGUUCAACUGGGAGUGCUACUGGCAGAAAGAGUGUGAAAAGCCAGAAAAACUUGCUUUGGCCAAUGGCUGA